GCCGACAAGUGCUGCUCACCAACAGUAUGAUUUUCGCAAAAAAAUACCGCAAUCAUUUAGAAGUCGUUGACUUGGAAAAGGAUAAUUGCCUAAUUGGUGCCCUCUUUUGCCACAAGCUCAACUCCACACCCGUGCUUCACGUUAAAAUAUACAAUUUGAUUGUGCUGUAGCACUAAAGUGUUUGCCACUUCAUGGCGAGUGAGUUUGAGCUGGACUUCCGCAGCUGCAGGACAUUGCCACCCAUCAACAGGUCACCAGAGCAGGACACCAUGGGGGAGAGAGUCAUCAGGGACAGACAUGGCACCACCAAUGGUAAAAUGGAGGUGGAACAGAUCACCAGUAGAAAACUUCAUUUGAAACAGGCGGCAGAGCACCUGAAGUCUGAUCUGCUGCAGCAUCUGGACUGCCAUGUGAAUGAGCUGCUGGACUGUUUGAUUGAGGAGUCUGUGUGUUUGGAUCCGCCACCUGCAUUGCUGUCUGACAAGGAGAACAAGAAACUGAGCAAGCAGGUCCGAGCCCCAGCCAGCCAGGGCAAAGUGUUUGUGUGCCGCCGCUCCCUACUUGAUGAGCUGUUUGAGGUGAACCACAUCCGCACCAUCUACCACAUGUUCAUCGCCCUCCUCAUCCUCUUCAUACUCAGUACGCUCGUGGUGGACUUCAUCGAUGAGGGAAGGCUGGUGCUCGAGUUUGACCUGCUGGUGUUUGCGUUCGGCCAGCUCCCCCUAGUGGUGUGUACGUGGCUGUGCAUGUUCGUGUCCGCUCUGCUGGUUCCCUAUGGCCUGUUUGGGCUGUGGGCGGGCGUGCACCCUGGCUGCAGCCACCCCGGCCUGUGGUGCUGCCUGAUGGGCCUGCUCUUCCUGCUGCACCAGCUGCUGGCCCUGGGCCUCCUGCCCGCCUCCGUGGUGCUGCGUUACGGCCUGCCACCCGCAUCACGCUUCAUCAUCAUCAUGGAGCAGGUGCGUCUGAUGAUGAAGGCUCACUCCUUCGUCAGGGAAAAUGUACCCAAAGUCCUUGUGGCACAGAAGGACAAAAAAAAUGCUCUCAUCAUGCCUCAGCUCUCCCAGUAUCUCUACUUCCUCUUCGCCCCCACACUCAUCUACAGGGACCACUACCCCAGAAAUCCAAACAUCCGAUGGAGCUACGUCGCCACAAAAUUUUCUCAGUUUCUGGGCUGUCUGUUCUAUGCGUACUACGUCUUUGUGAGACUCUGCAUUCCGCAGUUCAGGAACAUCAGUAAUCAGAUCUUUGACCCCAGAGCCAUGGUGCUCUGCAUCUUCAACUCCAUCCUGCCUGGUGUGCUGGUUCUUUUCCUGGCCUUCUUUGCCUUCCUGCACUGCUGGCUCAAUGCCUUUGCAGAAAUGCUGCGCUUUGGAGACAGAAUGUUCUACAAGGACUGGUGGAACUCCACCUCAUUCGCCAAUUACUAUCGCACAUGGAAUGUUGUGGUCCAUGAUUGGCUGUUCUACUAUGCUUACCGGGACUUCCUGUGGCUGACGGAGAAGCGUUUUCGUACGGGCGCCAUCUUCUUUGUGUUCACGGUGUCUGCUGGGGUUCAUGAGUACAUCUUGGCUAUCUGCUUCGGCUUCUUCUACCCCGUACUCUUCUGCCUCUUCAUGUGCUUCGGCAUGAUGUUCAACUUCAUCCUGCAUGACCGCCGCAAGGGCCCCAUCUGGAACAUCAUCAUGUGGACGUCUCUGUUCCUGGGCCAGGGGGUCAUCAUCUGCCUCUACUCCCAGGAGUGGUAUGCACAGCAGUACUGCCCCAUACACCAGCCGAAUCUCUUGGAGCUGCUGAGGCCGCGGUCCUGGACCUGUCAUGGGAUGGAUCCACACACAGAGCAUUCUGGGAGAUCCUGAGUCACAGGAACGAGAGCGUGAGACACACCAGCACAUCAAACACUAUCAUGUGGGGCAAAGCACAGACUGGCUGUACUGUUUAAAGCUCUUUCAGGUGCUCAAUGCUUCACAGUCCCAUACUCUGGACAGCAUUAAGCCUUCUGAGGAGUGGUCACAGCACCAAGGUUGCACAUCGCUGUUUUCAAGCAGAAAUACCACCCCUCUGAACUUUCUAAAGAAGGCUUCAGCUCCUACUCUUUAUGGCAUCUAAAAGGGGAGGAUAUGUGAUUGAUGUAUACCUUUGUAAUCAUUUUCAAAUUCUUACUGCCAAUCAUUUCAGGUUUACACAUGGAAGUCUUAACCUUCUAUUGCUGUACAAUUUCAGAACGCAGUAACUCGAAAAUGGUCGAAAUUGGAUUUAUAUCGGAAAUGGGCUCUACAAUACCUUCUUUGUCUUGUGUCAAAAAAAGUUGGUCCAACUGUCCCGUUUCAGACAAAAAAAAUACUAAAACGGAGGUUACGCCACUUUUUUGUUUUAUGAGGUUAUGUCUUCUUACAAGCCAAAAACACAGUAAGUCACGUGUAGUUGCUGCACUUACCAUUGAAUCAAUGGUUUGGGAGUAGUCAGUAAUACCACAACAGAAUGCAGAACGUAUUUUCAGGUGAAAAGUCAUGAGAAUUUUUUGUUAUUUAUUUAGUUUAGGUUUAAGUAUUAUAUGGAAGUGUCAUCAUCACUUUAUCUCCAACACAGUUGCCUGGCCAUAAAGGAAACUUAAAAGCCUUUUUUCUCAGUUUACCAGCAAGCUAAGAUACUGCGUUCUGAAAUUGUAGGGCAGUAUAGUGUGCUACAUUACAGGGACUCUAAUGCAGAUUACUGUGGUCGUCACACAGCAGGUGUAAUGCAGGUUCUCCAUAUAGUAGAUCAGGAUUUAUUUGUGUUGCCAGUGUUGCAAAGCACAAUCAGAAGCAAUCAGGUUUGGCAUACGAUCCUGAGGUCCUUUUUCUCAAGAGCAAUAAUGAAAACUGAUCACGAAUGGCACAAUCCCAUCGCUCCCCUUAUUGUUGCCACCAACAGCUGCCAGUCCAGGUUCCCCAGCCAUUAUGGCUUGAUGGACACAUCACCUCUGUGACCUUACUUCUAUCUGGACUCAGAGAUGUCAUCUUUUUAAAAUUCAACCGGAUUAUAUCAGAGGACGUUUCUGUUCACACAGGCAAGUUUUGUAUUUUGUACAUACAUCAAUACGUGAUUAUUUUGCUAUUAAUAUUUUUGCAGCUGUGUACAGCUCUUCGUUUUAUAUGUGCUGUUUAGUGAUUUAAUGGUCCUCCUCGAUGAGCCGGCAAUGUUGAUAUGUACAUGCAGUACUCAUGAUCGCCACCAGGUGGCAACACAAGAGUAUUCUUUCUUGUGGAAGAUGAAUUCCAUAGUAUCCAUGCAUUCCAUGAUGGACUUGAACCGAAGUGAAGUCAAGUGACUUUGUGUCUUCAUAGUAAUUCAAGAGGUGUAGUAACACAGGACUAUAUGUUUUGCCAUUGUGCUUCCUGCGUAUGUGUCUAUGAGAGAGGUCUAUCCGGUCACCAUGCAUCCUUCUAAUGGGUUAUAGACUACCUCAAGCAUAAGUCUGCGUUGUUGCAAUGUACUGUAAUAACUGUGAUGAAAUCAUUUUUGUAAAUUACAUUCUGUAAAUUGUAUUUUUGUAAACAGGAAAAUGUAUUUUCUCUCUAUGAUGUGACUAUGUGUCUCCUAAUGACUAAGCUGGUUGAUUACCAGUAUACGAAUGAAACAGGUAUUGCCUUUUUAGUGUAGGAAUACACUGUUGUGCGUAACAUCAAAGUGAGAUAUUUGUGCCUGAAGUUUCACUAUUUAUUUAUUUAUUUUUCUUUAUCUGGAGAAGAAACAAAUCAAGUGAACGUUUCAGAAAAGCUCUAAGCUUUGUUCUUUCAGUUCUGCAUAUGCUUGCGAUGCGAAAGGAGCAUACACAUUUUUUGUGUAGAGCUGCUAAGAUUGCCUUUUUACGGCUUUAUUGUCAGAAUGUGAUAUGCAGUGCAGAAGAUGAAAAUUGAAAACAGUGUAAUUUAUUGUACUACUGGCACUCAGGCUAAAUGUUUUGACCAUCGCUUAACUCUUCUUGUAUUGCAACAUUGUCACUUUGGUAUUAUAUUG